AUGCGAUUUGGAAUUCGUGGGGCAUUUUGUCUGCGUUAUGUGGGACCUUUUGAAAUUCUGGAAAGAGUUGGAGCUGUAGCUUAUAGAUUGGCAUCUGCACCAUCACUAUCUAGAGUUUAUAAUGUAUUCCAUGUUUUCAUGUUAAGAAAGUAUGCUCCAGAUGCCGGCCAUAUGGUAGAAAUGGCUCCUUUGUGGCUUAGAGAGGACUUGUCAUAUGAUGAGCGUAUUGUUGAUAGAAAGGAACAAGUAUUAAGAAGCUGCGCAAUUCCUUAUGUCAAGAUCCAGUGGAGUAAUCACUCAGAACGUGAGGCAACUUGGGAACUAGAGGACAAGAUGAAGGAAAAAUAUCCAAACCUAUUUUGA